ACCGCGGCGAGAGCAACGUCAGAACCCUGCGACCCAACGUGGAUUUGCGGGAACCAACAGCCCAGCGAUAGCUUUAUCUAAGUUAGACUAAAAUAUUUAGACCUGUUCAGCAUGUCGUGGCCGCUGCAGCUCCAGUAGUGUGUGUGUGUGUGUGUGUGUGUGUGUUAACGGUCUUUUAACCUCCAUUUACACCAGUCAACGUUUUCCAGAAUAAGUUUUCUUUUACUCGGUGGAGGUCCAGUUUGUGUCACGAGUCGCCGUCGCACUACCAGUGCUUGAAAAUGAAGAAUAUCUCUGAUGCAAAAUCCGUCAGCUUUCUGUUCGACGCCUCCCUGCUGUAUAAGGACUCGUGUCCGGAGCUCUCCCGGUUCUUCAUGCAGCGGCCUGCGAAGGCUAAGGCAAAGCAGAAAUCCUCCAGGCAGCUGCAGAGCACCUCGGUGUGUCCGUACUGUUAUCAGUGGCUGCAGCCUGACAAUCACCGGGUCCGGCUGCGGCCCAAGCAGCGUCCAUCAGCACGGUUGCAGAGUGUCCUGCGCAGGAAGGCGAGGGGAAAACGGCUCAGUCUGGUGCAGAGAAAUCUGCUGCAACGCUUCCAAAAGUCCUCCUCAGUACUGAUGGCCACCUGCCACACUUGCAGCAAGACGUCCAGACACAAAGGAAUGAACCGGGAGUUCAUGGCGACCCACAGCACCCCAGGGAGCGCUGUCAAACACAAGACCCCUCAGUCAACCCACAGAGCCAACAUGACAUCCCCCAAGACUCCUGGCAAAGACAAGACGCCUGCUCAUACUCCUAGGUCCUCCAACACUUCAGGGUCAGGCUCAUCUUCCUCCAAGACUCCCUCUAAACCUAAAAAUUGGGUCGUCCAGCGUCUCAGCAAGAUAUUAAUGCGAGAGGACAACCAGGGCAGCAAGUCAAGAAAGGGGGGCUUGAAAGAUUUUCUUUCCUCGCUUUGAAUAUCCUCUGUCUUUAUGAAAACUCUUAAAAACAAGGGGUUAGACCAACAUUUGUAACCUGUUAACACCAAAAACGAAGAGGGAACGUUGGUGUCCGAGCCGGUGUGGGAAGGGUUACAGCUUUCCCACCAACACAGCUAUUGCUGGGCUGUUUGGAAUGGCACUCCUGGUAUCCUGAAUGCAACAACUGGGAGCACUGGGGAGGCUAUUUCAGCUAUUAAUCAGGGUUACUGCAUCUUCUGCUGAGCCGGUUGGAGGAAAAUGCUUCUUUGUCUAAUUUAGCACAUGCCUCGUGUAAUCUCCUCAACUGGAGAUGUUAUUUUAAGUGGAAGGAUUGAGGAAUUAUUCAGUAUUCAUCAAAUGGCUCAAACAUCGCAGCAAACAUUUGUGGCAUGACAAGCGGGUUCACAUGCCAAUAUCCUUCCAAUAUAGAUCAAUUUUCUUUAACGUUACAAAUAUACAUGUAUAUGAUACUGAUAUAUACAACUUUAGCAUAUUCAUAUUACUUUUUUUUUGUAUUUGAAUUUAUUUACUUACUAUAUUUGUUGUCUCUCUCCGAUUGGGAGAUGUCUGUGUAAAUUAAUUUGGUAUUGUGGCUAAACAUGACCAGAUUGAAAAAUGUAUAUGUCGUUGCAUUUUUGUACAUGCAUGCACAUGAUUUUGAAAGCGUGCAUAGUCAGUGAAGAUAUUUGUAAUUAUUAUCUAAAAUGACUCACCAGUUGCUGUUUACAUUGAAUAUCUGCCUAAAACCUGUACAGAAAGUACUUGACAUUCAAUAGUGUCAAGGCUGUACAUUUUUCCUUUGGCCACAUGGUUUUGAAAGGUUAAUAUCUUUUUGUCAAGAGCAGGAAUUUUGAAUAUAUUUACUGCGUUUUGUACUGCCUGAAAUACCUGUUUUCAAUAGCUGUUCAAUGUUCAGUAUGUUUGAAUCCAGAAAUACCUCACAUUUGUAUUCCUCCAACACUGUGAUUCUCUGAAAUAAAACCUUUUCAGUCUGCGAAACAAA